UUUUGAAUGUAAUUUUCAUAAAUAUCACAAAAUUCCCACGCCAACCAUGUGACGAGAUUCGAUAGUAAUACUGCGGGUAUCAAAAUCCCGGACUUCUGCGAUCGGUGGCUUAUUAUUUUUUCUUUUUGAGUAAAUUUAAGUCCAUUUCAAGAGGAAGUCGGGGAGGAGGAGACUCGAACUCUAGACCGUUUACCCUAUUGGUAACGUUAGGUACUAACUCUUCUAAUGAGGGUUGGUUGUGACCGAUGGUUUAUAAAGAAGCAAAAACCUUCGAUUAUUUAUUAAUUGUGCGAAUAUUCUCUCAAUUCUUUAAGAACUCCUCGAACAAAAUCGACUAGAUUGAACUGGUCCAAUCGUAACUCAAACAAUUAUUUAAUUAAAAAUGAUGUCCAAUAUUAUAAACAUGUAAGAAAGAGGCCCACAUCCCAAGCAACUUGCGACCCACUUAACCAUGAUCAAACACAACAAACUUCACUUUUUUCAUCUCAAUUUUCUCACCGCCAUCAUUUUGCUGACAGGGACCUCAUAGUUGCUACCCUAAUUGGGCCCCCCAACACCAGCUAAAUUCCAAAUCCACCCCAAAAAUUUCCAUUUCUUUACAUUACAGCCCCAUUCGAUAUUCAUUUCAUACACCUCUGGGUUUUCUCCCUUUCCCUCCCCUUCUGUUUUCUCCUCGAAUUUAAUUUUUUAUUGAUAUUCUUAGCUUCCAAAUAUACUAUUUUCGCAUUCAACGCAAUUAAUCAAAGAAUCUGAAAACCGUUUUAUUGGAUACCCGUAAUUAAUUAUUUUCAACAUUUCAACGUAAUCUGAUUGCAAAAUUGGCAGAAAAUUCAAGCUCCAAUUUUGUUUUCAAAACUAUCCGCAUCUAAUUCUCACCCUCUCUCUCUCUCUAUCUCUCUCUCUCUCUAGAUAUAUAUAUAUACAUAAAUUAUAUAUCUCCGUCCACAUGAAGAAAAAAUCAGAGACGAAAAGAGUUCAGUAGAGAAGAUGAGCGCGUGCACAUUUAUAAAAUUAGUGCUGGUCCUGCUAACCUGCGCCGCGCCGCGGCGCAUUAAUUCGCAGGAGGCCGAGCGGCGUGAUCUGGUGAAAAUGACUCUCGUACAAAACGCUUCGUCCACCGGAGCUUAUUGCUUGGACGGAAGUUUGCCGGCGUAUCAUUUGGACAGAGGAUUCGGCGCCGGUGCACGCAAUUGGCUUUUGCAGUUUGAGGGUGGUGGGUGGUGCAAUGAUAUCAAGUCUUGCUUGGAGAGGGCUGCGACUCGGCGCGGUUCGACUCGUUACAUGAGCAAGGUCGAGGUUUUCUCCGGGAUUUUAAGCAACAAUGCCUCCUUAAAUCCUGAUUUUUACAAUUGGAACCGAGUAAAGAUAAGAUACUGCGAUGGUGCCUCAUUUGCUGGAGAUGCUGUCUUUAAAAAUGGGACAUCAUUGCUUUAUUUCAGAGGGCAAAGAAUCUGGCGAGCAAUUAUCCUUGAUCUUCUCCCCAAAGGCUUGGGACAAGCAAACAAGGCUUUACUUUCUGGCUGCUCUGCCGGGGGUUUGGCUACGUUUCAUCACUGCGACGAUUUCACCGCUCAUUUGCCGAAAAAUGCAAGUGUCAAAUGCUUGAGCGAUGCUGGAUUCUUUCUCGACGCAAGAGAUAUAGCUAUGAACCACACCAUGAGAUAUUUCUUCAAAAGCGUGGUUACUUUGCAGGGUGUGGUAAAAAAUCUGAAUACAAAUUGCACAAGUUCACUUUCUCCUUAUCCCGAACAAUGCUUCUUUCCACAGUAUGCGUUACCAUAUAUUAGGACACCCUAUUUCAUCCUCAACACAGCAUACGACGUGUACCAAUUUCACCACAUAUUGGUGCCUCCUUCUGCUGAUCCUAACGGACACUGGUAUCAUUGCAAGCUUAAUCCCGCAGCUUGUAACGCCGUCCAGAUAAAUACUUUGCAAGGAUUUAGGAGAUACAUGCUCGAAACAUUGCAGAAUUUCUUAGUUAACUCAACGAGAGGAGGGAUGUACAUAAAUUCUUGUUUUGCUCAUUGCCAAAGCGAAUCUCAAGACACUUGGUUUGCGCCCGAUUCUCCCCGAGUCCAUAAUAAGACCAUAUCAGAAGCUGUAGGAGAUUGGUACUUUGGAAGAAAAGUAAGCAAGGAAAUUGACUGUGCAUAUCCUUGUAAUAACAGUUGCCAUAAUCAGUUAGGCUGAUCAAUAUGUAGAUUCAGUUCAGGUGUAGAGAAGCUGCAAGGCAAAACUUUGAAGUGGGCUCAUUUUUUGGCAGAGUACAAUACUCUUUUUCAAAUAGUGUUCGAUCAAUUACGUACAUUAAUCUUAAGCGAUUAUUCCAUUGAUUGGUCUCAGGCUCGUUAUCUUCUUCUUUUCGUUUAGAAACUCUUACAUGUUUAGACAACGGUCGUCUCUUUAUACAAAACAACUAUAUAGAAACAAUGUUCAAGAUUUAGGCCUUGUUUUAGCUAGCAUACAAUUAUAUACAUCAUUGAGCAGCAAUAUAUGUGCUUUCUAACAUUGAUUUAUAAAUUUAUAUCGACAUACUACAUCGAAUUUGGCAAUACACAAUGUUUGAAGAA